CUGCUGUCAUAUCUUCAUCCGCUGUUCUCCCUUUUUACCCUUCACUGACUUCUUAGAGUUACAUUUUUCUCAACACUAAAUGGGACAAGGUACCUAUCACACAGAGGACACCAAAAAGGAGAGGAGCAAUGAUCAUGCUGUUACUCUCCAGGAGGAUUUGCACACUGAAACCAAGGCUGAAAAGACAAGAAGGGACAAGGAGAAGAAAAAGUUGCAAAAACCUGCCAACAGUAAAGUAGCGAGUACAGCAAAGCAACCAAACCAGAAAGCUAACAGCAAGGACUCUGAAAAGCCCAAUGCAGCGAAAGUCCCAAAAAGCAGGCAGAAGAAAACUUCUACAACACUGGCUAAGAAGCCACCAACUAGAGACAUGAUGAGAUCAGUGAAUGGCGGGCCGGCUCACUCAACCUGUCCAAGUAAAGAAUCAGAGCGAGAAACAGAGAUUCGGCUUUUGCAAGUUGAGUGCGAUGAGCUAAGGACCAGACUUGGAUGUCUGAAGGAGGGAUUAAUAGGUCAAAAGCCAAGUGAUGUAGAGCAUUUGCUGAAGCAGUCCCAGAAGGAGCUACUGUGGCUGCAGAGACAGCUGUCAUUCAUCUCCAAUGGAGGUCCACCAUGCAUCCUGUCCCCGAACAAGUUGAGAAAUGAUCUCCAAUGCCUACCACCAUCCGUGCAACACAGAACAUACAAUCAGAUCCCUCUCCUAGAGGAGAAAAGCAGCUCAUUCAAAUCUCAUGUCACUUCAGUGUCUCCAGAAAAGGUGCAGUGGAGCUUUCUAGAAAAUGAACUAAAAGAUGCAGUUCAAGAUAAGAGUCGCUUAAGUCUCCAGUAUGCCAGCUUAUCCCACAGGGCCUUGCAGUAUGACCAGGUGAAGUUGGACUAUGAGCAACUUCGAGAGACUCUUGCUAUAGUCACCAAAGAACGAGAUUUGGCUGUGAAGGAGAAAUAUCAGCUCCAAGCCAAACUGGAGAACUUAGAGCAGGUCCUAAAGCAUAUGCGAGAGGCUGCUGAGCGGCGGCAACAGCUGGAAUUAGAGCAUGAGCAAGCGUUGGCUGUUCUCAAUGCAAAACAGCAGGAGAUUGAGCUUCUACAAAAGGCCCAGGUCGAAGCCAAGAAGGAACAUGAAGGUGCAGUUCAGCUACUAGAGAACACUUUGGACAGCAUGCAGGCCAAGGUUCGAGAGUUGGAGGAGAAAUGUCGAACGCAAAGUGAACAGUUCAAUCUCCUUUCUCGGGAGCUGGAAAAGUUCCGUCAACAAGCUGGAAAUAUUGACUUGUUGAGUGGCAACGCAGUUUGUAAUUCUGAUGUACCUGGCUCCCCCAAUAAAGCUUUUGUCCAGUUAAUGAAUGGAAUAGCAACUACCAUUGGCAAAGGUCAUGAAAGUCCCACUGGUAGCAGGUCCUUGAUUUCUGAGUUUAUUCGCCCACUUCAAAUUACAGGGGACAAGCCAGAACUGCUGUCCGUUAAACCCACUUUUCUCUCACGAUCCCGGUCUGGCAGCCCAAGGCACAGGUUUGAAUCAGACAUGGAUAAUGAACAGAAUACGAAUACCUCAAAGCAAAGAUACUCUGGGAAAGUCCACCUUUGUAUUGCACGCUAUAGUUAUAAUCCAUUUGAUGGACCAAAUGAAAACCCAGAGGCAGAACUUCCACUGGUGGCAGGAAAAUACCUCUAUGUUUAUGGAGAUAUGGAUGAGGAUGGGUUCUAUGAAGGAGAAUUGCUGGAUGGCCAGAGGGGACUUGUACCUUCAAAUUUUGUGGAUUUUGUUCAAAAUGAAGAAUUUCAUGUGUCCAACACCUUAGCCAGUGAACAGGAAGAAAAUUUCCUCAAUCGCUCAGCUCCUCUUCUUCAAGGAGAACACAAGCUAGAAAUUACCCUACCGAUCCACAUAGAGUCCAGUGUGCUGAACAAUGGCACAGGGGCCAUGGAAGUGAACAUUGAUGAGAUUGGAGAAGACAUUGUGCCUUAUCCUCGGAAAAUAACCCUUAUCAAACAACUCGCCAAAAGUGUUAUUGUGGGCUGGGAGCCACCACUAGUGCCACUGGGCUGGGGUACAAUCCACAGCUAUAAUGUGUUGGUGGGAAAAGAAGUCCGUGCAACUUUGAGCUUUGGAAGCAGAACCAAAUGUCUACUUGAAAAACUGGAUCUUGCCACAGUUACAUACCGUAUAUCAAUUCAGACAGUCACAGAUCGGGGCACCUCUGAUGAGCUCCAGUGCACUUUGUUGGUUGGGAAAGAUGUUAUUGUUGCUCCUUCCCAUCCUAAGGUGGAUAAUAUUACCCCAAUGUCUGCUGAGCUUUCAUGGCUCCCAAGCAACAGCAAUUAUAGCCACAUUAUAUUCUUGAAUGAUGAGGAAUAUGACAUUGUUAAGGCUGCAAGUUACAAGUAUCACUUUAUCAACAUAAAACCCAACACAACCUACAAAGUCAAACUUCUUGCAAAGCCCCACCAAAUGCCAUGGCAGCUUCCUUUGGAACAGAGGGAAAGAAAGGAAGCCUAUGCAGAGUUUUCUACUCAUCCAUCAGGUCCUCCUAUACCACCUGAAGAGGUUGCUGUGCAUCCUGGACCUACACCCAUUACACUGCUGGUUACAUGGAGACCACCCGUACUGUCUCCCACCGGAACCUCUAAUGGAGCACAUGUCACUGGCUUUGCUGUGUAUUCUAAAGGGCAGAAGGUGGCAGAAGUUGUGUUUCCUGCAGCAGAAAACAUUGUAGUGGACCUCAUGAAAAUACUCAAUUUGGAUGCCAAUGAAGUUACAGUGAGGACCUUGUCAGCCCAAGGGGAAUCUGAAGACUCAUGCACUGCUGUCAUUCCAUCUGAUUUAUUGAUGACUCCAGCACAACAACAUCCAAGGACUAUGUCCACAUGCAAGCCAUUAGCUACGGCUGGUGUAUCAGAUACCAAAGAUGAACAUGUAUGCCCACACCGAAAACUGGAUGAUGCUUGGGACCAUUCCCAUAUAGUGUCACCCAUCCACGGGCAUACACUGGAACCUCCAACAUCAAAUUUUCAUAGUCCAGGUCAUGGUAGAAGGUCUCCGUCUCCUCAGCGGAUACUUCCACAACCUCAAGGUGCACCUAUUUCUAACACAAUGGCCAAAGCAAUCGCAAGAGAAGCAGCGCAAAGGGUUGCAGAGAGUACCAGGAAUGAGAAGAGGAACCUGUACAGUGAGAGGAGCAAUGCAGUACAUGAUAUCUCAGAUGAAGAAGAGGAUGGCUAUGAUUCUCCACGGAUCAAAAGAAAAGGGGCUUCUGUUGAUGAGUUCCUGAAAGGCUCUGAGCUUGGUAAACAGCCUCAUUACUGUCCUGGCGAUGACUAUCAUACUGAAAGCAGUAGGGGCUCUGAUCUAUCAGACAUCUUGGAAGAAGAUGAGGAGGAACUUUAUUCAGAGAUGCAGCUAGAGGAUGGAGGCAGGAGACGUGUCAGUGUUACUUCUCACAACACCCUUAAGUGCUCUAAGACUAGUGCCACAGAGCCUUCUGUAAAGGAGCAGCUGGAAUAUUCCCCUCAACAUCCCCACUUUAAAAAACUGUUCAGUAUUCCUGAAGUGGCAGAGGAAGAAAGCGGAGAACAUUCAGAGGUCUUGCACAGAGGGAACUCUAUAGGCAUGGUUUAUAGAGCAAGAGGAACCAUAGGUAGAACUAAUAGAGUUUCAAGGGCUAGUUGUCCAGAUGGGAGACAUCAGAGUCCAUGGCAGUACUCAAAUAAUAGGUUUAAUGGGGCUCCUCCAUGCUCAGAUGAUUUUACAUGUGAAGGGAGCAAGCUUGGAACUCUCUCCAGGAGCCCAGACAGCGGCUUGGAUUGUGGAAGUGAAGAAGAGGAAGCACGUUUUCAUUACAGAAAAGGCUGCAACACUAUUGCUAGAAAUACCACACAGGAGCUGCAAGAAAACCCUGUAUGUCCUAGAGACACAAAGCAAAUGUUGAUGCGCAGGAAAACCCUCACCAGGCAAAGCAGCGUGGAGGAGGAUUUUGGUGAUAUCAGUUCAGGCUUUGUAGAUAACACAGACGGGUCCAAGUGGCAAAAUGAAAACCUCAAACCGCUGCCAUGUGUCAGGAAUUUAAAUAACAGUGACAACCCAUGUCGGAAAUCAGAUGUGUAUCAGAAAAACUGUAGCACGACAGAUCUCAGGCCUACGCACAGAGACACAGAAGACUCUCCGCUUCUAGGCAAUCACUCUACAUUGGGAAGAACCGAAAGAGCUGAUCAUCCCAUACGAAGGUUUUCUCAUGGUAGCAUGGUGCAACAAAGACCUCGACCUAUAAUGGUCCCAUCUAUUGAAAUUACAGUGGACAGUAACAGUGAAGGUGGUCGUUCUCGGUCAGGUAGUGAGGGAAAUAUUUCACCCGUAAAAGAAGAAACUUAUUAUCGCAGCAUUGGAGGACACAGGAAGUGGUCUCUACAGCGUACCAGGGCCUCUGAGGAUAGAUACGAUAGUUAUGGAAACCGGGAAAAGAUGUCAUCUGAGAUGUACGAGGAAUCUGAAACAGAUGGUGGGAUGGAUGAUUAUCCAGUACGAAUAUUUGUAGCACUGUUUGACUAUGACCCAAGAACUAUGUCACCAAAUCCAGAUGCUGCAGAAGAAGAACUUCCCUUUAAGGAGGGACAAAUAAUUAAGGUAUAUGGUGAUAAAGAUUCAGAUGGUUUUUACAAGGGUGAAAGUUGUAGUAGAUCUGGGUAUAUUCCCUGCAAUAUGGUGUCUGAAAUUCAAGCUGAUGAUGAAGAAAUGAUGGACCAGCUUAUUAAACAAGGAUUUCUACCCUUGAAUACUCCAGUGGAAAAAAUUGCCAACUGUGAACGUUUCAAAGAGAGCUCUCGCUCUGUACACCGCAGAUCCAGAAAGUCUAAACGAGAACGAAACAGGAGAAGUGGGAGGCAACACUCUGUUUCUACAAGAAGAAUGGUUGCUUUGUAUGACUAUGACCCAAGGGAGAGCUCGCCUAAUGUUGAUGUUGAGGCGGAGAUAACGUUUUGCACAGGUGAUAUAAUAACUGUGUUUGGUGAAAUUGAUGAAGAUGGAUUUUAUUAUGGUGAACUAAAUGGACAUAAAGGCCUUGUCCCCUCUAAUUUUCUGGAAGAAGUGCCUGAUGAUGUUGAGGUUUACCUUUCUGAUGCACCAUCUCGAUACCCUCCUGACACCCCUAUGCGAACAAAAGUUAAGAGGGCUCCAUCCGAGAAUACAAGUACACCAAGGAGAGCACCGUCACCAACAGUUCACCUUCAUUCUGUGUCACCACCAUCCUCCAUGGGUUCAGGGAGCCCCAUGAGAAGCAGAGAUCGCGCGUCAAAGAAGAAAAAAGGUCUGCUAUCCAAAGGAAAAAAGUUAUUAAAAAAGCUUGGGGCUGUAAAAUAAGAUACCUCUGACAAACAUUCAACUUCAGCUGAAUUUUACAUGUAAGGUUAAUUCGGUCUUUAGACAUAACGAGGGCAUUCUUAUCUUGACAGAAGGACCCUCAGCUAUCUUUAAAACAGGAGUACUAUGACCCACUUAUUGCCUGGUAAGGCGACUGCUAUAUUUUGAAUGGAGAGGUAGAUGCAGAUGAGCUUGGUUCUUUCCAUUCACUUCUGUGGAAAUCCGCCAAGCAAGCAUGCUCAACAUACAGGCGAAUGGAAUUCCUUACAGGUGAAUGGAGAGAUGUGCCAGCCAGCAGCCACCUCACCAGGCAGGACAGGGGGUGGUUAUAGGUACAGUUCCCAGAGGUAGUACCUGCAUUGAUCAGACAUUUCCUGUAGGAAUGCCAUGAAUAUAUAGGAAUACCCAUUUAAAGAGCACCAGGUCUAAAGUAAUCUAAAAAAGUAACUUCCAAUUGAUUAUAAACAUUUCAGAAAUGGCUGUAUACAGUAUGUGAUCAAUAACCCACAAAGUAAAAUCUGGCCCAGUAUUCAAGCUUAGUUAUUUUCAGCCAUGAUGUUUUUGCCUUACUUGAUGCACAACGAUUUGUAAUGUUCAAUAGAUGUACAGAAUAUAUUCUUUGUAGGUUUUGUGUGCAUCCUGUUGUAUUCUAAUUGUAUUGUGAUUACAAAAAUCAUUAAGAAACUGAAAAAACAGGAAAUUCAGAAUGGUAGGUAUUCCAGUGGAUAUGUAUGUCAGCCCCCUUCGUAAUCUGCUGUUACAAACAACCGGAAACCAUGCAACUGGUAUCUAUCACAGCCAAGUAAAUCUUGUAGUGUUAGUCCUAUCAGCCUAAUAAGAUGAGCACACUACACGUCAUAAUUUCAGAUUGGCAUUCUCAAAUGUACCAUUAUUGCAAAAAUCCCUGUUACUAUUUUGUAAGUACAGUCCAUUUGUAGGUUCUUUGUACUCUUUAUACAUGAUUUUCAGACUGCCUUUCUUUUUGUAAAAUUAAGGUUUACAAUUAAACUCUCCCCUCAUCGUGUCUUCAAAGUGUACAUAAAUUGUAAAAUAAUGUUGUGCUAGAAUGAAAUUCAAGACUUACUGGCCUAAAAGUGAUUAAAGUGUUGUGUG